AUGGCACAUGUGCCGGAUUCAUUCCACAGGGAUAUUGUUUUUCCCACUCAUUCUCGGGGCUCCAGCAGCGACGUUAGCACUGCUAACCGCCUCCUGUUGAGCCGGCAGAACCGGCUGGUGAAUGGGAACCACCGUGGCUUCCGCACUUCAUCUCCCAUGGGAAGAGUGAUCCUCAUCAAUACGCCCCUUGAAGCUAACAGUGAUGAGAGUGAAGCCAUCAAUGCAAUUACAGUGGAAAAGAGUGCAGAUGGGAAAUUGGGCUUCAGUGUGCGCGGAGGCUCAGAGCAUGGCCUGGGUAUAUUUGUCAGCAAGGUGGAGGAGGGCAGCAGUGCAGAACAGGCUGGGCUGUGUGUUGGAGAUAAAAUCACAGAGGUGAAUAGUGUGAGCUUGGAGAACAUUACAAUGGGCAGUGCAGUCAAAGUCCUGACGGGGAAUAACCGGCUGCGGAUGGUCGUGAGACGCAUGGGCAAAGUGCCAGGGAUAAAGUUCUCCAGAGAAAAGACCACAUGGGUUGAUGUGGUCAACCGGCGCCUGAUUGUGGAAAGGAGUAGUUCAGCUUUAUCAGACACCAGCUCUGAGAUUGGAAGACGGAGAAUUGUCCACCUCUACACCACGUCAGAUGAUUACUGCUUAGGUUUCAACAUCCGUGGGGGAAAGGAGUAUGGCCUUGGCAUUUAUGUCUCCAAAGUAGAUCCUGGAGGGCUGGCUGAACAACACGGGAUCAAAGUCGGUGACCAAGUCCUUGCAGCCAACGGAGUCAAGUUUGAUGACAUCAGCCAUAGCAAGGCAGUGGAAGUGCUAAAGGGGCAGACCCACAUCAUGAUGACCAUCAAGGAGACAGGGAGGUUCCCAGCUUACAAGGAAAUGGUGGCUGAGUACUGCUGGCUCAACAGAAUGACCAAUGGCCAGUUGCAGCAGCUGUCCCAGACCUCAGAGUCCAGUUCCUCUGUGUCAUCCUACUCCUCAGGAACCCCCUUCAGCUCCAUAAAUGGCCUCUUCAUGGCCCCAGUUCCUAACCCAGCUCAAAAUAGUAUGGUGGACAUUGGCAUCUCUGCUGAAUUGCCAGUCCGGAGCCACUCUUCAGAAAGGGCAGAGACUGCCAUGCAGACUGAUCCACUGCCUGACGCAAUUUCCUUUACGGGGAGCCUGGUGACUGAGACCCGUAGGAUCAUACGACCCAUGGAAAUCCUAAAAGACACAGCCAUACGCACUGAGAGCUCCAAGGACUCCUUCUACCUGAAGAAGCACCGGCCUCUUGCUGGCAAAGAGAUGACAGACCCCUCCCCCAAAACUGCACUCCUUCUGGCACUCAGUCGCCCACGACAGCCCAUCAAGAGAUCACAGAGCUAUCUGACCAUCUAUGAGGAGAAACGCCAGAGAAAGAAGGAAAAGCCAGUAUCCCCAGAGAAGAAAACCACCCUCAAACGCUCCAAAACUCUUAUGAACCUGUUCUUUAAAACUUCCAAGUCAGGGAAGCCAGGUUCAGCAGCUGGGUCACCAGAAACACCGAGGCGGGCCAAGUCUCCAGCAAGGUCAGAGGAAGACAAAGUUAGCGUUGUACAGAAGUUUGUCAGCUGGACUCUGAAACGGGAAAAAGGCCGCCCAUUCAGUCCCCUGGGCUCGAAAGCUUCCCUGCUGUCAUCUCCACACCACAAUGACAGUGAGCGCAGCAAAGUCACAGAAAGCCACCUACUGCUGAUUGAAGACAUGGCCAAGAAGCUGUUGAUGGAAGAUGAAGUAGCUGCUGUGCUGAGGCAUUGCAUCCGGUACAUCCAGGAAAGUGGUGUGGAAGAUUUGGUGAGGCCACUCCUAGCAAUUCUUGAUCGCCCUGAGAAGUUGCUUCUUCUCAGAGAUAUCAGGAGUGUGAUAGCCCCCACAGAUCUGGGCCGCUUUGACAGUAUGGUUGUGCCUGUAGAGCUUGAAGCCUAUGAUGCACUGAAAAGCAGAACAGUGAGGUCACCUGCUCUCCGCCCAGCACAGCAUGAAAUACCUCCGAAGAGACAUCUUAUCACCCCAGUGCCUGAUUUCAGGGGCAGCUUCCUUCUCAAGCCAGUGAACAAUGAAGAAAAGGGGGAGGAGGAGGAAGAAGAGACUGCUUUGAAGGAUGGGAUGAAAGGAUUGCAGGUCUCUCCCAGCCCCAGACGGACUCGCUCCCAAAGCUACACCCCUCUUCCUGAUGUGCCAGUGGAUGCCUACACAACCUCCCCCCACAUCUCCUCCUCAGCUCCUGGUGGCAAGGAACCCCACUGGAUUAUCACUAAGCACACAAAAACGUUAGGAAGCUCCCAUCAUGGUGUGCCCACUCAGGAAGUGAAGUCCCUCAGUCAAGGGGAUGGACGACCUGGCAGAGGGAGGCCUCGUACAGUAAAGUCAAGCCAUGGUAAAACCACAUCAUGGGGUCCACAUGGGGAAGUCCAGCCUCCCAAGGAUACCUUGUACUCAGUGAUCAACAGGCCACGCAGAGCUAGGCCCCCACUAUCACAGCUCUUUGAUGAGGUCUCAGCAACUAGUAAGACAGUCAAAACAUCAAGAGAGGAUGGGAUCCCAGAUGGCCCACUCCAAAAUGGCCCCAGUGAUAUGAAGGAGGAGGAAUUUGAGUUGCUGACUGUCCACCUAUCCAAGAAAAAGCAAUCACUGGGGAUCAGCAUUUCAGGGGGAAUCGAAUCCCGACUGCAACCCAUGGUAAAGAUUGAGAAGAUUUUUCCUGGAGGAGCAGCAUCACUGAGUGGAGAACUGGAGGCUGGUCUUGAGCUAGUUGCUGUGGAAGGAGAGACCCUGCAAAAUGUUACACAUCAGCGAGCAGUCGACAUAAUCCGCCAGGCUUAUCGCAACAAAGCCAAGGAACCCAUGGAAAUUGUGGUGAAGGUGCCGAAGAAAAAUAAGUAAAUGUUGUGGAC